CAGCUAUUAUCCAAAGCAAUCCGGGACGUUAGUUUAAUAUUAUUUAUAGUUCUCUUGUGAUUGAAAAGGUCAACAAUGAAGAUCUUAUUUGCUAUGGCAAUUGAUAAAAGUAUCAUAUUUAACUUCAAACGUAAUUAUAACGUUAGGUUUUGUGUUUUCUAAUAAUGAAUGCAGUAUUUUCUUUAAUGUGUUGUGUACUUAUCUAACUAUGGCAUCUGGUAAUUUCACCAACCUAAAAAUGCAGGCCAAGUACAUUGAUGAGGCAAUGUUAGAAUUGAACAGGAAAUUGGAUUAUCCUGGAAGCAUUUUUCAGCCCAGCAGGGUUCUUCACACGGAAGAGACACUGGAGGAAAUCAUGACAGAAAAUGAAAAAAUUUUGCAAAGUAUUGAUGAAGAAAAGGAGAUAGCUGAGCAUAACAUCCAACAGCUGGAUAAAUUUCUGAUUGAAAUGAAUAAGGAUAUUCUGUGUAUUAUUAAUGAGCAGAGAAAUAUAGAAGAACAGCUGAAGCAGUAUGGAUACAGUCCGAUGCCAGAAACUCCUAACACUUCACAUGAGGAGGACAGAGAUAAUGGCGCUACAGUGGAUGAAUGCAAUGACAGUGAUGCGAUAUCUUGUGAAAAACAAUUGGAGGGGCUUUCACUUGGCUAAAAUGCCGGAUAUUAAUACCUGCAAUAUGACACAGUUUUUCUCAAAAUACUACUAUCAGGCUCUUGGGUUGCCGGUACUGAAUAGUGCUGUGAAAGAAACCUGCACAUAGCAUGAAGGAAGGGCUCGUAGAUGUUGCUGAUUUCCGUAAUGUUUUUGAUUAACUGAAUUCAUUUGCAAACCUAAGGUAGUGUUACGUGUUUAUGAUGACCUAUAAUAUCCAACACUUUUCAUUUUAUUUGUAAGUUUUUAUCAUUUUAAAACAGUUGGACGCAAAGUAGCGAAAAACAUUUUUUAUAAAUAUGAUUAUAACUUUGUAGGAUUUGAGAUCUUCACGGCGGCGAGUUUGAGGACAGCCAUCUUCAUGAUUACAACUUCUUGGUCAUUGUUUAUCAUAGCCUUUUUUUAAUACAACAUUUUGGAAACUGGCUCUGUCUCUAUAAUCUAGUAACAGAGAAGGAAGUUUUUUUUACUCAGGUAGACUCCUUUAAUGUAAGCAAUCUCGAUCCUUGAGUAACAAAGUACGUCUAGGUAGCGCAUUUAUACUGCUAACGUCACAUCUUAUCAACAAGAGACGAUAAAGAACUUCAUAAAAAUGUACGCUGAACUCUGAAGACCAAGGGAAUAAAUUAUCUCUGCUUGUAAGUAUAACAUUUGUUAUUCAUCAAUAAAGCCUGAUGGCACGAGACAAUCCUGC